AUGUCUUCCGAAACUCCUUGUCCAUUCCGCGUUUCCCUUCGCGACCAAAUUGAAUUGGAGCGUAAUGAAGCCUUCCAAGCUAUGCGGGAACAACUACGCCGCCAGGAUUGUGGUAUGGAAGGUCCAACUUUCUGCUCUACCCACCGCCAUGAAUGCGAUUCCACCGAUCAGGAAGCUUUCCGCCUUCAUCGCGAUAUUAUUCACACCCUUCUCGUCCCCCUUUUCUUGAUCAACCACCAAGCGGAACGAAUCGCUGCACGAGCCCUGCCGAGCAAGAAAGGGGCAGAACCCGAGCGUGCGUUCCGUGGGGAAGCCCGUAGCGCGUUCGCAUGGCUUCAUUGUAUCUUGAUUGAGGAACACGACUGGUACUUGACCGCCCGAUGCCCAGCUUGUAUUGUCCUACACGUCCUCCAUUCCGAACCUACGAUCCGAUUCCUCACCGUAGCCGCUCAACUCGCCGGAUCCCGCUCCGGUUUCGACUGCUGGCUCUCUGCGCUGGAAACCGCCGUCUGUGAAGAUCCCUUCUGGGGCGAUUCUUUCUGGCCCGAGAUUGAGGAUCGCGCUUCUCGUCUUACCGAUGGAGUCCAACAACUAGUCCGACAAUGCCACGAGCUCCGUACCAACCUGGAUAGCCCUACGUAUGAGACUCCCUCGCUGGCGAAGGCGUCGGUGGAAUAUGAACGUCCAUCCUGUACUAUCGCUAUUAAGCCGUCGAGCUUUGCCCGGAAACAGGUUAAGCUUAGUCGCGAGGAACAGCGCUAUCGAUCUUCAUUGGUUUGGAACGCAUGGAAUUGUUCCCGGGAGAUGCGCCAGCCAUUAGGCGGUAAUACCCCGACCCAGUCCCGACGACGGUCCAUGACCUCGUGA